CAGUUUACCUUUUGCUGUGAAUGUGUUGUGUGCCUAGUCCGGUUUUGGAAAAUAUAGAAAAAAAAACCAUAAGUUUUCUUUAUCAAAAUUAUUUGUUGUGUUUCGUGUCUUUUGUUUAAUGUUCGUGAAUUGAAUUGUAGGAUAGCGAUAAAACCGAUUGAUUCCCGAAUGCAUAACGCUUAAAGAAAGACAUUUGAAGUAGUAAUCCUCUUUGGUGGACACGAAAUUCGCAGUCGUAACUAAAUUUGGUCCGUGCAGGCAAAUAGUUAGAUAUAAAGAAAGUCACCCGCGAUGAACAAGCUGCGAAAUGUUCUAAAAUCUGUGGUCCAGCGGUCCAGGAGCUUGCCCCAGAUAAUCCAAAUACGUAAUGCCUGCGGGGCGGAAUCGAAGAGCUCAAAAGGUCUGGUGAUCGGUGUUUAUCAGAAGGAAGGCGAUAAUGAACCCAAACUAACGCCCGCUGGCGAAAAGGUCGACCAUCGUCUACAGGGCAAGUUGCAAGAGCUAAUUUGCGAGACCAAGAUCACAGGUCGUCUGGGCAGGGGCAAGGUCUUCAACAACAUAGAUCCCGAAUUUCGCAGUCUGGCAGUGGUUGGCGUCGGUCUCGAGGGCAUUGGCUUCAACGAACUGGAAAUGCUGGACGAGGGCAUGGAGAAUGUCCGAGUGGCGGCCGGAAUUGGAGCCCGUUCGCUUCAGGAGAUCGAGGUGACGGAGGUCUUUGUGGAUGGCAUGGACUAUGCCGAACAGGCGGCCGAGGGUGCCGUUUUGGCCAUUUGGCGGUAUUGUGACCAGAACUCCAAGAGGAAGCCACCCCACAUUCCCAAGCUGCAGCUGUACGAGUCACCCGACUAUGAUAGUUGGACCCGGGGCGUCUUCAAGGCGGAGGCUCAGAACUUGGCCCGCAGGAUGUGCGAUACCCCAGCCUGCUGUAUGACACCCACACUCUUCGCCCAGGCCACCGUGGAUGCCCUGUGUCCUUGCGGAAUCACCGUGGAAAUCCGCACUAUGGAGUGGAUUGAACAGCAGCGCCUGCAUUCAUUCCUUAUGAUCGCCAAGGGCAGCUGUGAGCCACCCGUUCUCAUGGAGAUCACCUAUUGUGGCACUAAUCCGGAGGAUAAGCCCAUUUUGUUCCUGGGCAAGGGCAUUACCUUUAAUUCUGGAGCCAUAAAUCUGAGGCAAUGCAAGGGAAUGGAUGAGUACAGGGCCUGUAUGUCGGGAGCGGCUUCUUGUGUGGCCAUGAUGCGAUGUUGUGCCGCACUAUCUCUACCCAUCAAUGUGUGUUGCAUCAUCCCGCUGUGCGAGAAUAUGCCCUCGGGAAUGGCCUGUAAGCCGGGCGAUGUGGUCACCCUGAUGAAUCACAAAUCCAUGGCCGUACGAGAUCUGGACAAGGCUGGUGUGGUCGUGAUGGCUGAUCCCAUGCUCUAUGGCCAGAGCACCUAUAAACCCAGACUGGUGGUGGAUGUGGCCACCUUGGGAUCGGGUGUCAAGAAGGCCUUUGGCGGCGGUGCCACUGGCAUAUUCUCCAAUUCCCAUUACAUCUGGAAGCAGUUCCAGUCCGCAGGAGCCCUCACCGGCGAUCGGGUGUGGCGUCUACCCCUGUGGAAUUAUUACAAGAAACAAAUCACCGAUGAGAUGGGCUAUGAUAUCAGCAAUAAUGGUCGGGGAUUGGCAAGUUCCUGUUUGGCGGCCGCUGUGCUUCACGAACUGGUUCCCUGUGUGGAUUGGGCCCAUCUGGAUACCCGGGGCACUGGCAUGUUGACAAAGCACGGACUGAUACCAUAUCUCACCAGGAAGUACAUGACUGGCAGGCCCACGCGCACCCUGGUGCAAUUCCUCUACCAAAUGGCCUGCCCGGCUAACCAGAAAUGAAGGAAGAUCUGAAGAGCAGUCGGUAUAAUCCGAUCGGAAUGAAAUCGUAUGAGAAGCAGAUAUUUUUGUAAGAUAUCCUACAUGUAUCGAAGUCCUGUAUAGAAUGUUUUGUAAGCUGUCUUGUGGAGUGAUUAGUAUUCCUGUAUUGUGGCAAGUUGUACAAAAUUUGUGUGUGAAGUGUGCUUAAAACAAGAAUAUAAAAGA